CCUUUUUCUCUUGAACUCUCCCAGACCACAAUAAAUAGAGGGUUUUAUUGAGAGAAAGAAACAUUCACUAAGAAAAAAAUCCAGCCCGGGAGAAUCUGCCUAGCUAGCCAUGGCUAGUCCUAAUCAACAAUACCAUGGCGCCACCUUCAAACCCCACAAACACUUCGCUGCCAACAGCCCUUUCUUCUUCAAGAAAACCAAUCUCUACACCUUAGCCCUCCUUCUUUUCCUUUGCACCUUCUCUUAUCUCUUUGGUGUGUGGCGCCACGAAGGUGGCGGCGGCGUCUUAUCCGUUAACAAGAGCGCCGCUACUGCCACCACCAGCACCAUUGUUUCAAUCCCAUGUAACCCCUCAAAAGCCACCACCGCUGCAACAAGAGGGGGGAAGCCCCUUGACUUUUCAUCCCACCACAAGGCAGAUGAUUUAGAUUUCACGUUAACAUCAGAAGUCAAAAGCUACCCAUCAUGCAACGUGAACUUCAGCGAAUACACACCGUGUGAGGAUGCAAAAAGAUCAUUGAGAUUCAAGAGGCACCAAUUGAUAUGUAGAGAAAGGCAUUGUCCAGAGAAACAUGAGAUACUAAAGUGUCGUAUACCAGCUCCACACGGGUACAAGAACCCUUUUAAAUGGCCUGCUAGUAGGGAUUUUGCUUGGUACAAUAACGUGCCACACAAGCAUCUAACGGUGGAGAAGGCAGGGCAAAACUGGAUCAGAUUUGCAGGUGAUCGGUUUAGAUUCCCUGGUGGGGGGACUAUGUUUCCUAAUGGUGCCGAUGCUUAUAUUGAUGAUAUUGGAAGAUUGAUCAAUCUCAAAGAUGGGUCUAUUAGGACUGCCAUUGAUACUGGUUGUGGGGUUGCAAGUUGGGGAGCAUAUCUUCUGUCACGCAAUGUCUUAACAAUGUCAUUUGCACCGAGGGACACUCACGAAGCACAAGUGCAAUUUGCCCUAGAACGAGGAGUUCCUGCCUUGAUCGGAAUUUUGGCCUCAAAAAGGCUGCCAUACCCGUCUAGAGCUUUUGACAUGGCACAUUGCUCUCGUUGCCUUAUUCCAUGGGCCGAAUCCGGAGGACAAUAUUUGAUUGAAGUUGAUCGAGUUCUAAGACCUGGUGGGUAUUGGAUUUUGUCUGGUCCUCCAAUUAAUUGGAAAAAACGUUGGAAGGGCUGGGAAAGAACAAAAGGUGAUUUGAAUGAUGAACAGAUGAAAAUUGAGGCUGUGGCUAAAAGCUUAUGUUGGAGAAAAUUUGUGGAGAAAGCAGACAUUGCUAUUUGGGAAAAACCAAUCAAUCACUUGAAAUGUAAGGUUAACAGGAAGAUUACACAAAAUCUACCCUUCUGUUCUGCUCAGGAUCCUGAAAAAGCCUGGUACACAAACAUGGAAACAUGUUUGACUCACUUGCCUGAGGUAGCUAACAAGGAAGACGUUGCCGGCGGGGAAUUGCCGAAAUGGCCUGAGAGAUUGAAUGCUGUGCCACCAAGGAUUAGUAGGGGAACUUUGGAAGGAAUUACAGCUGAGACUUUCCAGAAAGAUACAGUUCUAUGGAAUAGGAGAGUGUCUUAUUAUAAAGCUGUAAAUAACCAAUUAGAACAAGCUGGUAGGUACCGCAACAUUUUGGACACGAACGCUUACCUGGGUGGAUUCGCUGCUGCUCUUAGUGAGGACCCUGUUUGGGUUAUGAAUGUGGUUCCUAUCCAAGCUAAGGUUAACACCCUUGGAGUAAUAUAUGAACGAGGAUUAAUUGGAACAUAUCAGGACUGGUGUGAAGCCAUGUCUACGUAUCCAAGGACUUAUGACUUAAUCCAUGCUGAUUCUGUAUUUAGCCUCUAUGAUGGCAGAUGUGAAAUGGAGGAUAUCUUGCUAGAGAUGGAUAGGAUUCUGAGGCCUGAAGGAAGUGUAAUCUUUAGAGAUGAUGUUGAUAUGUUGGUGAAGAUCAAGAAAAUAAGUGAUGGAUUGAACUGGGAUAGUCAAAUUAUUGAUCACGAAGAUGGACCUCAUCAGAGGGAAAAGCUUCUUUUUGCUAUCAAGACCUACUGGACAGCUCCUGCUGGAGGCCGACAUGAGUCCACCACAUCUUCCUAAGGAGCUUCAUUUCCAUUUGCUUUGUUUUCUGUUUACAUUUCUUUUCUCUGAUCUCUCAAAUAUGAUUCUUUCUUCGAAUAGUUAAAGCUCAACCAAUUCAUCAUAUAAACUCUAAAAAUUAUGCUGCUCCUCUUGAAUUGGACACAAAGUGCCUAGCCUCUUGUUUCAAGUUUUGUAUUUACCUCCAUGGAAAUGGGCUUGUGCCCAAAUCAAGAACAUGUUUUCUGCUGGGCACUUUUCUUACACAUAAACUUGAUGAUCUAACUACAAUAUUGAAUUCAA